GCCAGGAAACAUAGAAGAAGCUCUGUUUUUUUUUUCUUUGAUAAUUAAAUUCUGUUAGCCUGCAAGCAAGCAAGGAAGCAAGGAAAGAAGAUCUUGUUUGUUUGAUGGCGAGAACGGCAGGUCUGGUUUCACGGUGGAGGAGGGCGGAGGAGAAGAAGGUUGAAGAAGAAGAAGAAGGUGACAAUUAUAAUAAGAAGAAGUCACAAUCAUCGGUGGUUGUGGAUUCCGGCGAAGUCCACGUUCUAGCUGUUGAUGAUAGUCUGGUUGAUAGAACUGUCAUUGAACGUUUGCUCAAGAUCUCCUCUUGUAAAGUUACGGCGGUGGAUAGUGGUAGGAGAGCUUUGCAAUUCUUGGGAUUUCACGACGACAAGGAGGAGGAGGAGGAGGAGAUGAACAGCUCACAUGUUUCUCUCGAGAGCUUGAAAGUGGAUAUGAUUAUCACUGACUAUUGUAUGCCCGGAAUGACCGGUUACGAACUGCUCAAGAAGAUCAAGGGUUCUUCCACGUUUAGAGAGAUUCCUGUUGUAAUAAUGUCAUCAGAGAAUGUAUUGGCGCGAAUUGACAGGUGUCUUGAAGAAGGAGCAGAGGAAUUCAUAGUAAAGCCGGUGAAGCUUGCCGACGUGAAGCGCCUUAAAGAUUACAUGUUCGGAGGAUCCGAUGAUUAUUGUGUAACAAAUAUCAACAACAACAACAACAACAACAACAAGAGGAAGCUACCACAGACGUCCAUCGUCGAUCUGUCGACUUCUAACGAAUCACCACAGCCGUCCGAUACUGAUUCAUUGUCGUCUUCAUCCUCCUCCUCGUCGUCUUCUUCUUUGUUAGAUUCUCCUACCAGGCGCCUGAAAAUGAGUGACUGUAACACUCAUCAUCAUGAAUAGCUAGGAAGAAAAAGAAGAAGAAGGAGAUCAAAACAUUUUCUUUAUCUUUUAGCAUUUUAUUAAAGCUCCCCACCC